AUGUUACAAACCAAGAUUUUUUAUAAGUUGCUAUACAAAACCGUUUUAGGCCACAAAGUUAGGUCCUCCAUUGACGUUUAGGGUAUGAAUUGCGAUGACUGAUCAUCAUCCACACCAAUUUCCGACACAAAUCGAAAUCUUGCCCCCCACCCAUUUCUAUAUAUUUUCAAAUGCACAGUAUUUCCGGAGAUAUUGGAGAUCAUAUCUAUUUCCUUACCCGACUUGGGAUUUCUUCGAAAGAUUAAUUUCCUCGGAGGAGACGAAGUGUCCUGACCUUGCCUUUAAGGCAAGGUUGGUUUUCUCACAUCCCUGUUAGUCGUUGUGAGUUUAGAAAAAGAACGAAAAGCUUUUGAAGAUUUCUGAUUUUUAAAAAAUGGAGAAGAAAGGGAACAUUCUGAUGCAGAAAUACGAGGUCGGAAAACUGAUCGGACAAGGGUCGUUCGCGAAGGUCCACCACGCCCGCGACGUGAAGACAGGCCGGAGCGUGGCGAUCAAGAUCAUCGACAAGGAGAAGAUCGAAAAAGUGGGAUUGAUGGAUCAAAUCAAGCGGGAGAUCUCUGUGAUGCGUCUGGUACAGCAUCCCAACGUUGUCCAGCUCUACGAGGUAAUGGCGAGCAAGUCCAAGAUCUACUUCGCCAUGGAAUACGUCCGCGGCGGCGAGCUCUUCAACAAGGUUGCCAAAGGUCGGCUCAAGGAGGACGCCGCCCGCCGCUACUUCCAGCAGCUGAUCGCCGCCGUCGACUACUGCCACAGCCGCGGAGUCUACCACCGCGACCUGAAGCCGGAGAAUCUCCUCCUCGACGAGUCCGGCAACCUCAAAGUCUCCGAUUUCGGCCUCUCCGCCAUCGUCGAGUCCAAACGCCACGACGGCCUGCUGCACACCACGUGCGGCACGCCGGCGUACGUGGCGCCGGAGGUUAUCAACAACCGUGGCUACGAUGGCGAGAAGGCCGACAUUUGGUCCUGUGGUGUUAUUCUCUACGUCCUCCUCGCGGGAUUUCUUCCAUUUCAAGAUCCCAAUUUGAUGGAAAUGUACAGAAAGAUUUGCAGAGGGGAUUUCAAAUGCCCCCAAUGGUUCCCUCCAGAAGUCCGGAAGCUUCUUUCAAGAAUCCUCGAUCCCAAUUCAUCUUCUAGAAUAACCGUGGCCAAGCUCAUGGCGAAUCCCUGGUUCAAAAAGGGGUUCCGGCCGUCGAAUUUAAUCAAAUCCGGACAGGGACAGGGGAGUACUUCUUCCUCGGACAUUGUCCAGGAGGAGGAAGGAGUCGAGCAAGAGCCAGCUCCGGCGAAGCUGAAUGCAUUUGAUCUGAUAUCCCUAUCGUCCGGUUUUGACCUGUCGGGAUUGUUCGAGGACGAUCAUCAAAAUUCGAAGCGGGAGGCGUGGUUCACGACUCAGAAGUCACCUGACGCGGUGGUGUCGAAGCUGGAGGAGCUGGCGACGACGCAGAGUUUCAGGAUCAAGAAGAAAGACGGAGGGCGGGUGAAGAUGCAGGGGAGCAAAGAGGGUCGGAAAGGGCAGCUCGCCAUUGACGCGGAGAUAUUCGAGGUUGCGCCGUCGCUGCACAUGGUGGAGGUGAAGAAAACUGCCGGCGACACCAUGGAGUACCUCAAGUUCUGCGAUCAGGGACUCCGGCCUACGCUCAAGGAUGUAGUGUGGCAUUGGCAGGGGAGCGCCGAGGAUUUGUGCCCGCAGGCUAUACAAGAAGAGUGUGUGCCUAAUUGAUCUAUAGUUUUAGAUAUGUGUGUAUAUAAUUACAGGCCAAUGUGCCUAUGGUUCUUCA